AUGAGACCGAUUCUCCUUCAUGGGCACGAACGUGCUAUUACUCAAAUUAGAUAUAAUAGAGAAGGAGAUCUCUUAUUCUCCGCAGGGAAAGACCAUUCUCCAUCAGUCUGGUAUUCUGAUAACGGGGAAAGAUUAGGAACGUACGAUGGACACAGUGGUGUAGUUUGGUGUAUAAACAGGGACUCAACAAAAGUCGUAACGGGCUCUGGUGAUAACUCAUAUAUAAUUUGGGAUUGUGAAACUGGCAAACAGUUGCAUAGAAUUGACACCAGGGCAGCCGUUAGAUCUUGCGGCUUUUCGUACAGUGGACGAGCUCUUCUAAUAACCACUGAUCAGCAGCGCGGUUAUGAAUCUGAAAUAUUACUCUUUGGUUUAGAUGACCCCACUCAAAUAAACGACGGUGAACCUUACCUGAGAAUUCCAAUCUCAAAAGAUAAUGCCAAGAUAACAACAGCUGUCUGGGGUAAAUUAGACCGGUACUUAAUUGUUGGUCAUGAAAAUGGCGAGGUCUCUCAAUUUGAUGCCACCACUGGCGAAAAGUUGCACAGUGUCACGGAGCACAGAAAAGCAAUUUCUGAUAUAAAUAUGUACAAAGAUCAAUCCAUGUUUGUUACUGCUUCGAAGGACAGUACCGCUAAGCUAUUUGAUGCUGAUGAUCUGACCUUGCUAAAAACUUACAAAACUGAACGCCCUGUAAAUUCGGCUGCUCUGUCAUCAUUGAAAGAUCACGUGGUUCUUGGAGGUGGUCAAGAAGCUAUUGACGUAACUACAACUGCAGCGCAGGCUGGUAAAUUCGACGCCCGCUUUUAUCAUGUAGUCUUUGAGGAGGAAAUAGGCCGAGUAAAAGGUCAUUUUGGUCCUAUCAAUAGCGUUAGAUUUCACCCUGAUGGAAAAAGCUAUAGCAGUGGAGGAGAAGAUGGCUAUGUAAGAGUUCACCAGUUCGAUCAAUCAUAUUUUGACUUCGAAUUUGAAUACUAA